UGCUUGCCGGAAAUACACAUCGGCGCCGGUGGAGCUGRUUUUGGAUGGAUUAGCAAAGUACCCUGCCUAAAAACAUGUGACUUACUUUAAAAAAAAUAUGACACCGACCCCAGGACUUGUGCUCACAUUUACUCCGAAGGACYGGUGCUUUAAUCCAGGCUCAGUUGUUAUUUGUUCCGGAACUUACGAUCUCCGUUAGCUUGUUAGCUUAGCUUAGCUAGUUAGCAUCUACCUGUUUUCAUGAUGGACGCGGACUUCCUGCUCGCCGUUCAGCUGCAGGAUCAGUUCGACAGUGAGUUCGAGACUUCUCUGCUUCCASCGCACGAGUUUACCGGAGAGGACUGCGGAAAGAGCGGCAAGAACCCGAGGGUGGAGGCGGCUGGAGGUGUCCCCAGUUUGAAGCCGAGUCCGCGGCCCGAGCGGCCGCUGAGCAUCGUGGACAAGUCCUGGGAGAUGCUGGACCCGAACCCGGACGUGAGGGCCAUGUUCCUGCAGUUCAACGACAGGUUCUUCUGGGGCAAACUGAGCGGAGUGGAGGUGAAGUGGAGCCCCAGGAUGACGCUAUGUGCUGGAGUGUGCUCGUACGAAGGUCGAGGUGGACUCUGCUCGAUCCGCCUCAGUGAACCUCUGCUGAAACUGAGACCCAGAAAAGACCUGGUGGAGACGCUCCUUCAUGAAAUGAUCCACGCGCUCCUGUUUGUGACCCAAAACAACCGAGACCGAGAUGGCCACGGUCCAGAGUUCUGCAAACACAUGAACAGGAUCAACGAGAGCAGCGGGACUAAAAUCACCGUCUACCACAGCUUCCACGAUGAGGUCGACGUCUACCGGCAGCACUGGUGGCGCUGCAACGGGCCCUGCCAGAGCCGCAGGCCUUAUUUCGGCUACGUGAAGAGGGCCAUGAACCGCGCUCCGUCCUGUUUGGACCCGUGGUGGGAGGACCAUCGGAGGACGUGUGGCGGCUCGUACACAAAGGUCAAAGAGCCCGAAGGAUACGGCAAAAAAACUAAAGACAAGAAGGAUGGAAAAACCUCAGAGAGGAAGAGUUCAAGUAAAGGUUCUGGGCUCCAGGACAGAAGGAACAUCGUCCCUUUCAGUGGGGAAGGUGUCGUCCUGGGAGGRAGGUCUCAGACCUCAUCAUCCUCCACGUCUCCCGGCAGACCACCCGUCUCCACCGAACCAAAGAAGUCCGUCGGAAACUCAAGAGUUUUUCUAAACAUCAACGGCUCUCCCGUUAAAAUCCCCAAAUCUCAGCGCAGCGCUGGAGGCCAACGAGCCGACAAACUCAAACAGAGAUUUAUUCAGGAUCUGUUCAACAACACGAACAACAACAAGUCCACAGCUGCGUUCUCUGACCUGGACUCUGAAACUAAAAGAGACACGCUGCCGCCGCCGUCGUCUUUUACUAAACAUGAAUCCAACGAUGCGUCAUCCAUCAGCUCAAAAACACAUUAUUCACCUCUACCUUCAGCUUCCAACUCUAAGUUCAGGGAUCCUGGAGGUACGGGAACACCUGGAGCUGCAGGUCACGUGUCGAGGAAGAGGCGCAGCUCAGCUAGCAUCUCUGAUUUCUUCAAUAAAACAUCAGGCGGCAGCAGGUCAGCGUCGGGGGAGUCAGGAAACACAAAAUCAGCUGCUUCCUCCUCCUCCUCCUCCUCCUCCUCCUCCUCCUCAGUGAUGGUCAGCUGCCCUGUGUGCCAAACUAAAGUGCAGGAGUCAAAGAUUAAUGAGCAUCUGGAUUCCUGCCUCUCCUGAACGACUUUUAAAUUCAAUUUUCUUAAACGUUUGAGAGAUUUCAGAGUUCAGUUUUAUGGUUUAAUCUUCUUGUACCAAAGAUUUUAGGUUUUAGACUUUGUAUGUUUAUUAAAGUUUAUUAAAGCUUGUUAGUUUGUAGUUACUUUACAA